CUCCGACAGUCCAGAAUUCUUUCUGACACCGUUUGCUGAAGCAGCUUCCAGAUACUCUCUGCGUGCAUCCAAGGCCAGUAAACACAGGGUAAGAGCAGACUAUGGGCAAUAGUCCUUUUAAUUAAUCUGCGAUCAUUAUGGCGAAUGAAGGCCAUUCCAAGGCUGGUGAUAAUCCAUUUUCAUCAGACAAACAUGCUCAACUCAUCUUGGCCCAGAUCAAUAAAAUGAGAAAUGGACAGCAUUUUUGUGAUGUGCAGUUGCAAGUUGGGAAGGAAACUUUUAAUGUUCAUCGACUAGUUUUGGCUGCUAGUAGUCCAUACUUUGCAGCUUUGUUCACUGGAGGAAUGAGAGAGUCCUCAAAAGAUGUUGUGCAGAUUCUAGGAAUUGAAGCUGGAAUCUUUCAGUUACUUCUGGAUUUCAUUUACACAGGUAUAGUGAACAUAGCUGUGAACAAUGUUCAGGAGUUGAUUGUCGCAGCGGACAUGCUACAAUUAACUGAAGUUGUUAAUCUUUGCUGUGAAUUUCUCAAAGGACAAGUUGAUCCAUUGAACUGCAUUGGAAUCUUUCAGUUCUCUGAGCAAAUUGCCUGCCAUGAUCUUUUGGAAUUCACAGAAAACUACAUCCAUGUCCAUUUCUUGGAGGUUCAUAAUGGGGAAGAGUUCCUAGCACUUACAAAAGAUCAGCUGAUCAAAAUAUUACGAAGUGAAGAGCUUAGCAUUGAGGACGAAUAUCAGGUCUUCUUAGCUGCAAUGCAAUGGAUUCUGAAAGAUCUGGGAAAGAGAAGAAAACAUGUGGUAGAAGUGCUGGACCCAAUUCGAUUCCCUUUAUUACCUCCUCAGAGACUUUUAAAGUAUAUAGAAGGAGUAUCUGAUUUUAAUCUUCGUGUUGCACUGCAAACACUUUUGAAAGAGUACUGUGAGGUGUGUAAAUCUCCCAAAGAGAACAAGUUUUGUAGUUUUCUGCAGACAUCUAAGAUCCGACCUCGGAAGAAAGCAAGAAAGUACCUGUAUGCAGUAGGUGGAUAUACGCGGUUGCAGGGGGGGCGCUGGAGUGAUAGCAGAGCUCUCAGCUGUGUAGAACGUUUUGACACUUUUAGCCAGUACUGGACCACUGUGUCUUCACUUCAUCAAGCUCGAUGUGGACUGGGAGUCGCAGUUCUGGGAGGGAUGGUCUAUGCUAUUGGAGGUGAAAAGGAUUCAAUGAUUUUUGACUGUACUGAAUGCUAUGAUCCAGUUACUAAACAGUGGACAACUGUAGCUUCAAUGAAUCACCCCCGCUGUGGCUUGGGAGUGUGUGUGUGUUACGGGGCUAUCUAUGCUUUAGGUGGAUGGGUUGGAGCUGAGAUAGGUAACACCAUUGAACGAUUUGAUCCUGAUGAAAAUAAAUGGGAAGUAGUUGGCAACAUGGCUGUAUCACGAUACUACUUUGGGUGCUGUGAAAUGCAAGGUUUAAUUUAUGUAAUUGGGGGAAUCAGCAAUGAAGGAAUAGAGCUUCGUUCUUUUGAAGUUUAUGAUCCACUUUCUAAGCGUUGGUCUCCACUUCCUCCAAUGGGAACCAGGAGAGCCUAUCUUGGGGUAGCUGCCCUCAAUGACUGCAUCUAUUCUAUUGGAGGGUGGAAUGAGACACAAGAUGCUCUUCAUACUGUAGAAAAAUAUUCCUUUGAAGAGGAAAAGUGGGUUGAAGUUGCCUCAAUGAAAGUGCCUAGAGCAGGCAUGUGUGUUGUAGCAGUCAAUGGUCUUCUGUAUGUUUCUGGGGGCCGCUCUUCCAGCCAUGAUUUCUUAGCCCCAGGUACCUUGGACUCAGUUGAAGUUUACAACCCUCAUUCAGAUACCUGGACAGAAAUUGGUAACAUGAUCACUAGUCGUUGUGAAGGGGGUGUUGCUGUACUAUGAAACAUAAGGCAUAAGCACACAAGCAACAUUUUGAAAAUGUAUGAUCUGAUCUUUUGCAAAUCAAAUAUUUAUUUGGUUAUAGGACCCUUUCAUUUUAUUGAGUUUUAUAUGUAUUGGGUAGAUAAGUGACUAAUAAGUAAUUUUUCUAAAAAUGUGAAUGAGAAAGGAUAUGGAAUAUAUCCUAAAUUAAUAAAGAACUCACACAAACUUGCCAAACUUACCAACAAUAGAAUUGGUGUUUAUGCUCUCAAAUUGUCCAAUUAAAAAUUGUUCUAAUUGUAAGAAUUGUUUGCUAGAAGCUUCUGAGGAAUAACCUUGUUGGCUAUUUUUCCAGCACAAUUCAAAUUGUAACAUAACCUGUAUAUUAUGUAGGAUUGUUUGCUAGAAGCUUCUGAGAAAUAACCUUGUUGGCUAUUUUUCCAAUGCAAUUCAAAUUGUAACAUAACCUGUAUAUUAUGUAGGAAUAAUAUCCAUGAGACAGUUUAAAGAUUUGAAUCAAUGCAGAGCAUGGUUUUCUAUGGCCAUAGUUUAACCUGCAGAGAAAAGCCAGUGAAACAAGUUCCUACUUUUAUUUGAUGGCAAUUUUUACUAGCUCCAAACAUUUUAUUGGCAGCAGGUAUAGUAGGAGGGUGUGUAGCUAAUAAAUAGGUAAGGUUUUGCCUGUUGAUAGCCUAAGAAAAACUUUUACUUGUUCAUUUUUUUUGUCUUGAGUCUCCGAGAAUGCAAGUAGGGAAUUAAGAGGAGGUCCUUAGUGACAGUCUUUGAUUGAAAUAGAUGUUGUAAUGGGUGAUGGAGCACGGCAAAUCGUAUUUUACAUCUAGACAUGUCUUCCUUAAUUUCUAGAUAGUCACCAAAAUUAUCUGCUUGGCUUUAGGAAGAGAGAUUUUUAUUAGAUUAUCAAGCUUUGUGAACUUUAUUUGUACUUGGACAAGCCUCAGUUUACUACAAAGCUAUUGCCUGGAGAAGGCUGAAUUAUAGGUAUACCUUGAGCAUCCCUAAUCUGAAAUCUUUAGUCUGAAACUUCUGGAAUGCUAAUAUAAUGCUCAAAACGUUUUGGAUUUUGGAGUAUUUUUUACUUUGGAUUUUCAGGAUAGGGAUGUUCACCCAGUAAAAUCUAUGUAAAUAUUCCAAAAUCUGAAACACUUUUGGUCCCAGGCAUUUCAGAUAAGGAAUGCUCAACCUGUACCUGUGAAACUUUUUAUAGAUAAUGACUCAUAAGUAUAAGCUAAAAUGCCCUUCUCAUCCAAAAUUUGUUCUCAAAAUUUCUCCUUUUCCCUUGAGAAGCAUUCUAAAGAAGUGUUUUAUUUUCAAUUCUGAAAAUUUAUCAUGUGUAUGGAUAAUCACUUUUAAGUUAUUUCUACUGGCCAUAUGUAUUAAAGGUUCUGCAUACAUUAAAGUUAACUAAUUCAAGGAUUUGAUUUCCUAUUUCUUUACUAAGGUCUUUUAGUUUAUUGUUAGAAGCAUCAACAGCUUAAUUAAAUAAAAAACUUUGAUCAGCA